AUGGGUUUCUCAGACGGAUAUCACAAAAUUGAUCCAAGAGCGGAUGGAGCAUCGAAAGAAGGUCCUGAAGGACCGCCAGGUCCUAAAGGCGACACUGGCGCUACUGGCGCACAAGGCCCGCAAGGACCUAAAGGUGACAAAGGCGCUACUGGCGCUACUGGCCCGAGAGGUGUAAAAGGAGACAAAGGUGACAAAGGUGACACCGGCUCGCAAGGUGUGCGAGGCCUGCAAGGUCCUAAAGGCGACACUGGCCCACAAGGUGCACGCGGAGCCACUGGCUCACAAGGCCCUAAAGGUGACACCGGCCCGCAAGGCUCUAAAGGUGACGCUGGCCCACAAGGUCCACGUGGUGCUACAGGUUUGCAAGGUGGUAAAGGCGGCAAAGGCGACAAAGGUGACAAAGGUGACAAAGGCGACACCGGCCCGCAAGGUCUGCAAGGACCUGCCGGUUCGAGAGGACCUACAGGACCAAGAGGUUUACAAGGAGUGAAAGGUGACACCGGCCCGGCCGGUGACAAAGGUGACAGAGGCCCUGCCGGUCCGCAAGGUCCUCAAGGCCCCGCCGGUUCAUCAGCGUCAGGCAGUAACAUCGAUCUCUCAGAUUUGAAGAAGAAAAUAACUUUCACAAGCACGCAUGGAGCAGAUCGACAGGUUACAGGUCUAAGCGAUCAACCACUCAAUGGCACCGCCGCUGUAAACGAAAACAAACUAAACACCGAACUCGCGAAGAAAGCUGAUACAUCAACUGUUUUGAACGGCUUGAGCGGUAAAGUUGAUACAUCAGCUGUUAUGCUGUUGGAUGGCUCGCAGAAGAUGACUGAUUAG